AUGGUAACCGACGAAACGAUGGUCUUCUCGGGUCCUCCGUUCCACGUGGACUUGGCAGCCCUCGACGCUCUCCACCCCAUCCACUACAGUCGACGUCUGCUUAUCUUUCGUUGUACGUCUCCUGCUCAGCAUGAUGCACAGCUCAGCGCCUUGAAGACUGCAUCGAAGGAACUUGUCCAAAGAUGCCCGAUACUAGGCGGUAUUGUCGCUCCUUUGCCGCUCGAGGAGGGCAAAGAUGUCGAGGACCCGAACUGGCGGACCAUCCUUCCUGGUGAUGGCAUGGAGCUCGUCGUGAAGGACCUCCGGCACGCGCUGCCCUCAUUUGAAGAGCUCCAGACAGAAGCCUUCCCGGUCGACAAGCUCCCUUAUAGUCUUCUCGUCCCUGUGCCUCAAGACAUUGGGAACGACCGACCAUUCGCCGCGUGCAAGUUGCAGUACACGGCCAUUGAGGGUGGUUCGAUCCUGACAUGGGCAAUGUCGCAUUCCGUGGCAGAUGGUAGCGGCAACAACGAGCUGAUGCGCAUUCUGGCAGAAGAGACGCGCCUCGCCCAGAACCACUCCAAGGAAGGCACCUCCAGAAAUGCUGCUCCCGGCUUGUCGCCCACCGGGCUCGAUCGGAGCGUAAUGCGCCACAUCACAAGCGACGCUCCCUUCCGGAUAGAAGACCACCCCGGGUAUAUAGCUAAUGCACCAGAUCAACCUCCGCCCCAUCCAUACGAGGCCAGCUCCGCAGAGGUAUCGGUAUUACUGCACAUCCCGGCAUCUCGCGUUGCGCAGCUCAAAGCCGACGCUCAACAGCCUCACUCGGCCCCGAUAUCGACCCAUGACGCAAUAGGCGCCCUGAUUUGGCGCAGCGUCAUUCUCAUCCGGAGCAGGCGCUCCGCCUCAGCACAAAGUAUACCUCCCAGCACGGAGGUCAAGCUGUUCAUGCCCUCCGACGCACGCCGGCACCUUCACAUCCCAGACUCAUACUUCGGCAACGCCGUCUAUCAGCUCUCCGCCUCCCUCAGUCUGGGCAAGCUACUAUCCCCAACAACCGGACUGCAAGAAGCAGCCAGUGCCAUCCGCGCCACCAUAAACGCCGUGACGCCGGAAAAGGUCCGCAGUCUACUGGGCCGCACGAAUCAAGACUGGGUCGACUGGGCGUUCUUGGACAGUUACACCACCACGGGCGUGCCGAUGGGCACGGACUGGACAAGUUUCGGCCUGUAUGAGCAUGACUGGGGCAAGGCCUUUGGUCGCGUGACGAGGUUUCGAUACCCCGGUGACGAGGGCUCGACUUGUAUUCUUCCAAAGUUGGCCGAUGGGUCCGCCGAGGUCAUGGUUGCUGUGAUGGAGAACGAGGUGGAGGUUCUCAAAGGGGAGGAGUGCUUUGGGAGAUACCUAGGCUGA